GUGUGUGUGUGUGUGUGUGUGUGUGUGUGUGUGUGUGUGUGUGUGUGUGUGUGUGUGUGUGUGUGUGUGUGUGUGUGUGUGUGUGUGUGUGUGUGUGUGUGUGGAGGAGUCAGCACACCAGUGUGUAGAGCUGUGCAGUACACUGUGUUACAUUGGGAAACCUGAGAAAUUUCCAUCUCAUGAGGGGUGGGAACCUUAAAAAGCAGAGCUGAGGUUCCCCAUGAGGCCAAAGGAAAAAGGACACCGAUCACUUCAGUCUGAGGUCCAUGAACCAGAACCAGAACGCUUCCAGAACCACCAGCCGACUACUGCCGCCAUGGUCUACUUCGCGUUGACGUGCGCCAUGAUCUUUGCCGCCGGUGUUCAUGGGAGACGUUGGCUUCCUCCUCUGCCAGUGGAAAACGGCUGUCACCAGGCGACUCCAGAGUUGGACUUUUUCCGAGUGGAGGGCGAGGCCGUGAUCCUCGAGUUCCCCAUCUUCAUGCAGACCCUGGAACUCCGCGGCAUCGCCCCGCCACCCGGCCAAUACGUCAUCAGCGGGAACAACGGGACGUACGGGAACGAGGGCCGGAUCCAGCAGCACGGCGGAGAGCUGUGGCUCCUCCCGGCUCGGCCUUCCGAUGCUGGGGAAUACACCUGCACCUACAGGAAUGAAACGUACUGCGUCUCGGGGAGGGUGACGCUGCACAUGUACGAGUCCUACUCUGCGGACAUAAAGACCAUCUCCUACGGCUGGUCGGCCACGGUUGGCGAGAGAGUGGAAUUUUACUGUCCGGCUCUGGAGCGCUUCAACAAGACAGGCCGGCCAAUAGAGUGGCACAGGGGCGCAGACUUCACUGCCCGGCUGAAGGUCAGAGAUACCCUCACCAUCCCGGCAGUGAAACACUCCCAUGCCGGAGUCUACACCUGCCGGCUGACGGUGCUCAUCAACAACCUGCCGUACACAGUCAGCAGGGCCUACCUGCUCCAUGUGGAAGGUUCAGACCCUGCAGUCACUGCCUCCAGGCCCGUUGUCACCACGCCCUCCGGUCCGGGUCAGCCCAGCAGCAGCACCCUCAGUGCCGUCAGCGUUGUGAAACCACCAAUGAUUGUCUCACCAGUCAAUGGGACCGUCUUCGAAAGCUCUCAUGGUUCAGGACUGGAGCUGUUCUGUCUGGUGGUCACUGAAUGCCAACAGGUAGACUCCACUGUGGUCACAUGGCUGGUGAACGGCCAAUCAGUGGAGUCGACGUACCUCGACAGGCGGGCUCUGCAGGGAGGAAGAAGGGUAACUCGGGUCCCUGAAAGGUGUCAGAUCGAAGUGAGGUUCGUCAUCUCCGCCAUGACUGAGGAAGAUGAGAAGACGGAGAUGAAGUGUGUCACUCAGAACGCGGGAGGGAAACAGGAAGUCGUCACAAUGCUUCGCCUAGAAGAUGAUACCUUCACAUGGCUGGUUGUGGGCGUGGUGACAGCGUCCUGCUUCCUGACGGUGGUCUGCGUCUUCCUCUACGUUCUCUUCAAGCCAAAGACCAAGAAGAAAAUGGAUUACAUUCUCGCUCGCCAGAGCAGCACCUUUUCAAUUUAGCUUUUGUUUCACGCACUCCCUCUAGCAAACAAGAAAUGCUCCUCUAAACAAGAUCUGGGUAAACUGUAAAAACGUGACCUCCGUUUUGAUGGAUCUGGUACUUGGAGUUCAGGUGGCACCAAAACUUUUCGUUCAUGAACGGACCAGCCACUGGAGAGGAAGAAGGAGGAUGUCACGAUGACAACCGUUUUCAUCAGCACCACUAAUUGAUGAGAUUGUUUGCUGUGGUUUUACACUUCUGUAAUUUAAACCAUAUCAACCUCCAUCAGUUUAAUUAAGUUUUUUUUUUUUUUUUGCUAAGUAAAAUGAAGUGACUACCUCAGUUACCAGAUGUUAAACAUAUGUAUUUUUUCUGCUCAUUUGCUGUAGUAUGCAUCAAGUAUAACGGAUAUAUUGGUAUGACUCGCAAAUGUUCUCAGGGAGAAAUUGAAUAUUAACCCGUUUAGUUUUUUGAUUAUUUUUUUUAAUGUCAAACAUUUAAAGGACAGAAAUAAAAGAAAACUUUGAACGUGUUUUUUAUUAUUAUGAUGAUGAUUAUUGUAAUUGAAUGUAACACUCCUGCUGUUGUAUCUUACAUAGAAAUCAACCAAAUGAAUUAAAUGUCUCCUACGUGAAUAUUCUGGUGUUAUUUUU